AUGGGUUUGGAUACUCUGCCCCACGGACUACGCUCUGCCUCUGAGCCGAAAUGCUCCAUUGACUGUUUGGGGGAGAAGUGGCUGGUGCAAAAGUUUGGAGGAACCAGCGUAGGCAAAUUUCCUCUCAAUAUCGUGGAUAACGUGGUAAGGCGAGUAUUUCAUUUCUCUGCGCGGUUGAAGUUCUGCACUGACUUGCUUCAGACCGAGUUGCUUCGAGCCGCGCGAGACGCUCAGAAUGCCCAAUCGCAUCAAUACCGAGACCUCAUUGAACACGUUCGGAGCGACCAUGUCGAGUCUGCCCAGCAGCACAUACAGUCUCCAGAAAUACUCGGAAGAUUAGAAGAAGGAAUUGGAGAAGAAUGUGCGCAGAUCAUUCGAGUAUUGGAGGCUGCUCAGACACUCGGAGAGAUCAGUCCCCGGUCAGUUGACAAAGUUAUGAGCGUGGGUGAGAAACUCAGUUGCCGGUUCGUGGCCGCUUUGCUGGAGGACCACGAUAUACACUCGGAAUAUGUGGAUGUUUCCGACGUGAUCGACUUUCCAGUCAAGGGCAACCUGGACCAGACAUUCUAUGACAGCGUGGCUGCAAGGCUUGGGAGCAGGAUCCGAGCAUCUCAAGCUCAGGUUCCAGUGGUCACAGGAUUCUUCGGCAUGGUACCGGGAGGAUUGCUGGACAAAGUUGGACGUGGAUACACGGAUCUCUGUGCUGCCCUGGUGGCGGUUGGCCUACGGGCGCAUGAGUUGCAGGUGUGGAAAGAGGUUGACGGCAUCUUCACAGCGGAUCCAAGGAAAGUGCCUACUGCUCGACUUCUGCCACAGAUCAGCCCUGCAGAAGCGGCAGAGCUGACAUUCUAUGGCUCCGAAGUCAUCCAUCCCUUCACCAUGGAGCAAGUAAUUCGAGCCCGUAUACCGAUCAGGAUCAAGAACGUGAUGAACCCCAGAGGAGACGGCACCAUCAUCUUCCCUGACUCUGUCAGUGAGCUUGAAACAGAUUCACCAGGUCACGACCCCAAGCUUUUUCGAACGAGAAGUGCAAGUCUCAUGACAGACCGGAAAAGACCCAAACGGCCCACGGCAGUCACUCUCAAGCACAAGAUUCUGGUCAUGAACGUGCACUCCAACAGGCGAUCUCUGUCGCAUGGCUUCUUCGCCAAGAUCUUCUCGAUCCUGGACAAGUGGCGGCUAUCCAUUGAUCUGAUUUCGACCAGUGAGGUCCAUGUCUCCAUGGCGCUUCACUCGGAAGCUCCACUAUACAAUGGCGGCGGCGACGAUGAGUAUCAGAUCGUUAACCAAGAUCUUCGAGGGGCAAUUGAAGAGUUACGCGUCUAUGGAACUGUCGAUAUCACACCGGAGAUGGCCAUCCUCAGUCUGGUAGGCAAGCAGAUGAAGAACAUGAUGGGCGUUGCCGGAAAGAUGUUUUCUACACUAGGAGAGAACAAUGUAAAUAUCGACAUGAUAUCACAAGGAGCAAGUGAGAUCAACAUAUCGUGUGUGAUAGAAGAGAGGGAUGCGGACCGAGCCAUCAAUAUUAUCCAUACUAACCUUUUCACUUUCCUUGAGCAGUAA